AUGAAAACAGAAAUAUAUAAAGGUCGUAAAGAAUAGAUCACGCAAACCAACCAUCAGAAAGAGACAAGUUUGGUUGAGUUAAUGAAUAUAUAAAUAAAGAACAUACUAGAAGAUAGAAAAAGGGAGAGAGAAAAAAAAAAUAUGGAUGUGAAGAAAAUAGUAGUGGUGGUAGAAGAUGUAGAUGCAGCUAGAAUUGCUCUUAAAUGGGCUCUUAUAAACAUAAUUAGAUAUGGUGACACAAUCACACUUCUUCAUGUUUACAAUUCAACCACAAGAUCAAAAAGUAGAAGCAGAGCUCGUCUUCUUCGACUCAAUGGUUUUCGAUUAGCACUUUCUUUUCAAGACAUAUGCAACAAUUAUCCCAAUACAAAGGUUGAGAUUAUUGUGAAAGAAGGGGAUCAAGAAGGAGCAAAGAUUGCUGCUACUGUUAGUGAGAUUGGUGCUUCCUUGCUUAUUGUUGGACUCCAUGAUCAUAGUUUUCUUUACAAAUUCGCAAUGGCCCAUUCACACAACAACAUAGCCAGCAAUUUCAACUGCAGAGUUCUUGCUAUUAAACAGCCUCAUCAUGCUGACCCACUAAGGCACAUGAUAUCUUCAGUAGCUGUUUUAGAUAGUUCAACCAACUUGGACUUUUCACAGAUUGACAUUUCUAGAUUAAAAAUUUUCAUUGCAGAGUCUCUCUUUCCCCUCCACCAAAAAUUCCAUACCGAAUCUGUCCGAACCCAUCUGCAAUUAUUUGGAGAUCAAGGAGAACUAGGAGAAGGUGAAGGACACAAUCUCCUUCACCAUUUUUUAUUUUCCUUUUCAUUUAAAUGAUCCAAAAAAAUAAUUUUAGCUCAUUUUCUUCUUUUCUAAUAAAUCGUAUAUAUAAUUUAAGUUCACCAGCCACACAUACACUACACUGUAUAAAAAAAAAAAAGAGUGCAAUUAUCAUAGUAUAAUUUGUUGUUUAUGUCAAAUAGUUCUUAAUUGCGGUAUUGAACUAUAAUAUAUUAAAGGUUUCUACAAGUACAAUUGCGGUUAUUUUUUCACAAGGUAAAGUUGGCGUUAAAUACAAUUGCGACCACUCCAAUCAAAAUUUAGAAUCUUAUGAUUGUAUAAAAGAUAUUGUUACAA